GGGGCCCGGCCACUCGGAGCAGCUCCGCCGCGGGGACUGCACCGCCCGCCCUGCCGGACCCGCCCCGACCGGGGCUCGUCGCCUGCAGCAGCCGCAGCACCGCGACCUCGGGCCCCGCGCCGGCUAUGGCUGUGCCCUGGGGCUGAACGCGCAGGCUGUGUGACGGAGAUUCCCGAGAGAGAGAGACACUGAGGAGAGGAGAGGAAGGAGGGGCGGGCUCCUGGCAAGGCAUCUGCUCCUGAACCAAGUCCUGUGAAGAUGGAAAAGGAGGAGGAGUCGACCCGGGAGCUGUUGCUGCCCAACUGGCAGGGCAGCGGCUCCCAUGGGCUGACCAUUGCCCAGAGGGAUGACGGCGUCUUUGUGCAGGAGGUGAUGCAGAACUCCCCUGCGGCCCGCACUGGGGUGGUCAAAGAGGGGGACCAGAUUGUGGGUGCCACCAUCUACUUUGACAACCUGCAGUCGGGCGAGGUGGCCCAGCUGCUGAACACCAUGGGGCACCACACGGUGGGCCUGAAGCUGCACCGCAAGGGGGACCGUUCCCCCGAGCCCGGCCAGACCUGGACCCAUGAAGUCUUCAGCUCCCACAGCUCCGAAGUGGUUCUGAGCGGGGAUGACGAGGAGUACCAGCGCAUCUACACCACGAAGAUCAAGCCUCGGCUGAAGUCGGAGGAUGGAGUGGAAGGGGGUCCUGGGGAGACCCAGAGCCGCACCAUCACGGUGACUAGAAGAGUCACAGCCUACACUGUGGACGUGACAAGCCGUGAAGGCGCCAAGGACAUCGACAUAAGCAGCCCUGAGUUCAAGAUCAAGAUUCCGCGGCAGGAACUGACUGAAAUCUCCACUGUGGAUGUGGAGACCCAGCCUGGGAAGACAGUGAUCAGACUGCCCUCGGGCUCGGGGGCAGUGUCUCCAACCACAGGCUCCACUGUGGACAUCCGAGCAGGGUCCAUUUCUGCUUCAGGACCAGAGCUCCAAGGUGCUGGCCACUCAAAGAUCCAGGUCACUGUGCCUGGAAUAAAGGUGGGAAGCCCGGGUGUCAGUCUCAGUGCAAAGGGCAUGGACUUGGGUAGCAAAGGAGGGGUCCAAGUUCCAGGAGUGGAUGUGUCGUCUUCUUUUGGGGGUGGGGCAGUAGAGGGGCAGGGCCUAUCUCUUGAGGGUGGCAAUAAUGGGACAAUUAAAAUUCCCACCAUGAAAGUGCCCAAAUUUGGUGUCUCAGGCCAGGCCCCAGAGGCAGGGUUGAGUGUUUCUGUCCCUGAAUUCUCUAUGGGGCACAAGGGUGGCACGCCAGGCUUGACCAUCGGAGGGGACAUCCAGACCCCUCAGCUUGAAGUCAGUGCUCCAUCUGCCAAGAUUGAGGGGCUUGAGGGGAAGCUGAAGGGCCCCCAAAUCACUGGGCCAUCCCUUGAGGGUGACCUAGGCCUGAAAGGUGCCAAGCCACAGGGGAGUUUAGGGGUGGACAUCUCCGUGCCCAAAAUCGAGGGCAGCAUUACUGGCCCCAGUGUGGAAGUUCAAGCCCCUGAUGUUGAUAUUCAUGGGCUUGGGGGAAAACUGAAUGUGCCCAAGAUGAAGGCCCCCAAAUUCUCUGUAUCAGGUUCUAAGGGAGAGGGAGCCGGCAUUGAUGUGACCCUGCCCACCGGGGAAGUGACUCUUCCUGGGGUCUCUGGGGACAUGGGCCUGCCUGAGGUUGCUACUGGCGGGCUGGAAGGGAAGGUGAAGAGUCCUAAAGUCAAGACUCCUGAAAUGAUUAUUCAGAAACCUAAAAUCUCCAUGCAGGAUGUGGAUCUGAGCCUUGGAGCCCCUAAACUGAAAGGAGACUUUAAGGUUUCUGCCCCUGUUGUGCAGGGUGAUAUUAAAGGCCCUCAAGUGUCUGUUAAAGGCUCCAAGGUAGACAUAGAGACACCUGGCCUAGAGGGGACUGUGACCGGCCCCAAGCUUAGUGGUCCUUCUGGGAAAGCAGGAACCUGCAGGAUCUCUAUGGCAGAUGUAGACUUAAAUGUGGCUGCACCAAAAGUGAAAGGGGGUGUAGGUGUCAUGCCUCCAAAAGUAGAGGGGACAGUCAGUGUCCCUGAAGUUGAUGUCAAAGGCCCCAAAGUGGAUGUCAGUGUCCCAGAUGUGGACGUUCAUGGCCCAGAUUGGAACCUGAAAAUGCCCAAGAUGAAAAUGCCCAAGUUCAGCACCCCUGGAGUCAAAGGGGAAGGGCCAGGUGUAGAUGUGAGUCUCCCCAAAGGAGAGAUCAGUAUUUCAGGGCCCAAAGUCAAUGUGGAAGCUCCAGAUGUCAACAUAGGGGGCCUGGCAGGCAACCUUAAAGGCCCUGAUGUUAAGCUGCCUGAAAUGAGUGUCAAGACACCAAAGAUCUCCAUGCCUGAUGUAGAUCUGCAUGUGAAAGGCCCAAAGGCAAAAGGAGAGUAUGAUGUAACAGCACCAAAACUUGAAGGAGAGCUGAAAGGCCCCAAAGUGGACGUUGCUGUCCCUGAUGUGGACAUUCAUGGCCCAGACUGGCACCUGAAGAUGCCCAAGAUGAAAAUGCCCAAGUUCAGUGUGCCAGGGUUCAAAGCGGAGGGCCCUGAAGUGGAUGUGAACCUGCCCAAGCCUGAUGUGGACAUUUCUGGGCCCAAGGUAGAUGUCAAUGCUCCAGAUGUGAGUAUUGAAGGACCAGAGGGGAAAUUGAAAGGACCCAAGUUUAAGUUGCCUGAGAUGAAUAUCAAAGCCCCAAAGAUCUCCAUGCCAGAUGUGGACUUACAUUUGAAAAGUGCAAAAGGAGAAUAUGAUGUCACAGUGCCAAAGGUUGAAGGUGAGAUCAAAGUUCCUGAUGUUGAGCUUAAAAGUGCUAAAGUGGACAUUGAUGCUCCAGAUGUGGACGUUCAUGGCCCUGACUGGCACCUGAAGAUGCCCCAAAUGAAAAUGCCCAAGUUCAGCAUGCCUGGCUUCAAAGGAGAGGGCCAAGAAGUGGAUGUGAACCUGCCCAAGGCUGACGUUGACAUUGCUGGACCCAAGGUGGACAUUGAAGUUCCAGAUGUGAAUAUUGAAGGUCCAGAUGCAAAACUGAAGGGCCCCAAGUUCAAGAUGCCUGAGAUGAAUAUCAAGGCCCCAAAGAUCUCCAUGCCUGAUGUGGAUUUGCAUGUGAAAGGUCCCAAGGUAAAGGGAGAAUAUGAUGUUACAGUGCCAAAAGUGGAAGGGGACCUGAAGGGGCCAAAAGUAGACGUCACUGCCCCAGAUGUUGAAGUUCAUGGUCCUGAUUGGAACCUAAAGAUGCCCAAGAUGAAAAUGCCCAAAUUUACCAUGCCUAGCCUUAAAGGAGAGGGCCCUGAACUGGAUGUGAAUCUGCCCAAGGCUGAUGUUGACAUUUCUGCACCCAAGGUAGAUAUUAGUGCUCCAGAUCUGAGCCUUGAAGGACCAGAAGGGAAGCUGAGAGGUCCCAAGUUUAAGAUGCCGGAGAUGCACUUCAAAGCUCCUAAGAUGUCCCUGCCAGAUGUUGACAUGGAUCUUAAAGGACCCAAAAUGAAAGGGAAUCUAGAUGUGUCCACAAAAAUAGAAGGUGAGAUGAAAGCUCCAGAUGUGGACAUCAAAGGGCCCAAAGUAGACAUUAAAGCACCAGAUGUGGAAGUUCAAGGUGCAGACUGGAGCUUGAAGAUGCCCAAGAUGAAAAUGCCCAAGUUCAGCAUGCCCAGCUUCAAAGGCGAGGGCCCUGAAGUGGAUGUGAACCUGCCCAAGACUGAAAUCGAUGUCUCAGGACCCAAAGUUGACAUUGAAGCCCCAGAUGUGACCCUUGAAGGUCCAGUAGGGAAGCUGAAGGGCCCCAAGUUUAAGAUGCCUGAGAUGCAAUUCAAGGCCCCCAAGAUCUCUAUGCCUGACGUGGACUUAAACUUGAAAGGCCCCAAAGUCAAAGGGGAUGUGGAUGUGUCUGUGCCCAAGAUAGAAGGUGAAAUGAAAGUGCCAGAUGUGGACAUCAAAGGGCCCAAAGUGGACGUGGAUGUUCCAGAUGUGGAUGUUCAUGGCCCAGACUGGCACCUGAAGAUGCCCAAGAUGAAAAUGCCCAAGUUCAGCAUGCCUGGCUUCAAAGGAGAGGCCCCAGAAGUGGAUGUGAACCUGCCUAAAGCUGAUGUUGACAUCUCAGCACCCAACGUUGACAUAGAAGCCCCAGAUGUCAGCAUUGAGGGUCCAGAAGGGAAGCUGAAGGGCCCCAAGUUUAAGAUGCCUGAGAUGCACUUCAAGGCCCCCAAGAUCUCCAUGCCUGACGUGGACUUAAACUUGAAAGGCCCCAAAGUCAAAGGGGAUGUGGAUGUGUCUGUGCCCAAGAUAGAAGGUGAAAUGAAAGUGCCAGAUGUGGACAUCAAAGGGCCCAAAGUAGACGUGGAUGUUCCAGAUGUGGAUGUUCAUGGCCCAGACUGGCACCUGAAGAUGCCCAAGAUGAAAAUGCCCAAGUUCAGCAUGCCUGGCUUCAAAUCAGAGGGUCCUGAAGUGGAUGUGAACCUGCCUAAAGCUGAUGUUGACAUCUCAGCACCCAAAGUUGACAUAGAAGCCCCAGAUGUCAGCAUUGAGGGGCCAGAAGGGAAGCUGAAGGGCCCCAAGUUUAAGAUGCCUGAGAUGCAAUUCAAGGCCCCCAAGAUCUCUAUGCCUGACGUGGACUUAAACUUGAAAGGCCCCAAAGUCAAAGGGGAUGUGGAUGUGUCUGUGCCCAAGAUAGAAGGUGAAAUGAAAGUGCCAGAUGUGGACAUCAAAGGGCCCAAAGUGGACGUGGAUGUUCCAGAUGUGGAUGUUCAUGGCCCAGACUGGCACCUGAAGAUGCCCAAGAUGAAAAUGCCCAAGUUCAGCAUGCCUGGCUUCAAAGGAGAGGCCCCAGAAGUGGAUGUGAACCUGCCUAAAGCUGAUGUUGACAUCUCAGCACCCAAAGUUGACAUAGAAGCCCCAGAUGUCAGCAUUGAGGGGCCAGAAGGGAAGCUGAAGGGCCCCAAGUUUAAGAUGCCUGAGAUGCACUUCAAGGCCCCCAAGAUCUCCAUGCCUGACAUGGACUUAAACUUGAAAGGCCCCAAAGUCAAAGGGGAUGUGGAUGUGUCUGUGCCCAAGAUAGAAGGUGAAAUGAAAGUGCCAGAUGUGGACAUCAAAGGGCCCAAAGUGGAUGUGGAUAUUCCAGAUGUGGAUGUUCAUGGCCCAGACUGGCACCUGAAGAUGCCCAAGAUGAAAAUGCCCAAGUUCAGUGUGCCUGGCUUCAAAUCAGAGGGCCCUGAAGUGGAUGUGAACCUGCCUAAAGCUGACAUUGACAUUUCUGGACCCAAAGUUGACAUUGAAGCCCCAGAUGUGAGCCUUGAAGGUCCAGAAGGGAAGCUCAAGGGUCCUAAGUUUAAGAUGCCUGAGAUGCACUUUAAGACUCCUAAGAUCUCCAUGCCUGACAUUGAUUUAAACCUCAAGGGCCCCAAGGUGAAAGGUGAUGUGGAUGUUUCUCUGCCCAAAGUUGAAGGGGAUCUGAAAGCACCAGAGGCUGACAUCAAAGGUCCCAAAGUGGACAUUGAUGCUCCAGAUGUGGACGUUCAUGGCCCAGACUGGCACCUGAAGAUGCCCAAGAUAAAAAUGCCCAAGUUUAGCAUGCCUGGCUUCAAAGGAGAGGCCCCAGAAGUGGAUGUGAAUUUGUCCAAAGCCGACAUUGAUGUCUCAGGUCCCAAGGUGGACAUUGAAGUUCCAGAUGUGAAUAUUGAAGGUCCAGAUGCAAAACUGAAAGGUCCUAAAUUUAAAUUGCCAGAAAUGAAUAUAAAGCCUCAGAAGAUAUCCAUGCCAGAUGUUGGCUUGCAUUUGAAAGGCCCUAAAGUAAAAGGAGAUUAUGAUAUUACAGUUCCAAAAGUAGAAGGAGAGAUAAAAGCUCCUGAUGUGGACGUCAGGGGUCCAAAAGUGGACAUUAAUGCACCAGAUAUGGGAGUUCAUGGUCCAGACUGGCAUCUGAAGAUGCCCAAGGUGAAAAUGCCCAAGUUCAGCAUGCCUGGCUUCAAAGGAGAGGGCCCAGAAGUGGAUGUGAACCUGCCCAAGGCUGACAUCGAUGUCUCAGGACCCAAGGUAGACGUUGAAGUUCCAGAUGUGAAUAUCGAAGGUCCAGAAGGGAAACUAAAAGGCCCUAAGUUCAAGAUGCCAAGCAUGAAUAUACAGACACACAAAAUCUCUAUGCCUGAUGUUGGACUUAAUCUGAAAGCCCCUAAACUGAAAACUGAUGUAGAUGUUGCUCUUCCCAAAGUCGAAGGAGACUUGAAAGGUCCUGGAAUUGAUGUAAAAGCCCCUAAAAUGGAUGUGGAUGUUGGCGACAUUGAUAUUGAAUGUCCAGAAGGAAAGAUGAAAGGCCCCAAGUUUAAGAUGCCUGAGAUGCACUUCAAGGCCCCCAAGAUCUCCAUGCCUGAUGUGGACUUAAACUUGAAAGGCCCCAAAGUCAAAGGGGAUGUGGAUGUGUCUGUGCCCAAGAUAGAAGGUGAAAUGAAAGUGCCAGAUGUGGACAUCAAAGGGCCCAAAGUGGACGUGGAUGUCCCAGAUGUGGACGUUCAUGGCCCAGACUGGCACCUGAAGAUGCCCAAGGUGAAAAUGCCCAAGUUCAGCAUGCCUGGCUUCAAAGGAGAAGGCCCAGAAGUGGAUGUGAACAUACCAAAGGCUGACAUUAAUGUUUCUGGCCCCAAAGUGGACAUUGAUGCUCCUGAUUUGGAUAUUGAGGGACCAGAAGGAAAAUUAAAAGGCUCUAAAUUUAAGAUGCCUAAAUUCAAUAUCAAAGCUCCCAAGAUAUCCAUGCCAGAUGUGGAUUUGAAUUUGAAGGGACCCAAACUGAAAGGAGAGGUAGAUGCUUCUGUGCCAGAACUAGAAGGUGAUCUCAGAGGACCGCAAGUUGAUAUCAAAGGUCCUGGUGUGGACCUGGAGGUGCCUGAUGUCGACCUGGAAUGUCCUGAUGCAAAGUUGAAAGGUCCGAAGUUUAAGAUGCCUGAGAUGCACUUCAAGGCUCCCAAGAUCUCCAUGCCUGAUGUGGACUUAAACUUGAAAGGCCCCAAAGUCAAAGGGGAUGUGGAUGUGUCUGUGCCAAAAUUGGAGGGAGACUUGAAAGGCCCCAGUGUGGAUGUGGAGGUGCCUGAUGUUGAUCUGGAGUGUCCUGAUGCAAAGUUGAAAGGCCCUAAGUUUAAGAUGCCUGAGAUGCACUUUAAGACCCCUAAGAUCUCUAUGCCUGACGUGGACUUUAACUUGAAAGGCCCCAAAGUCAAAGGGGAUGUGGAUGUGUCUGUGCCCAAGAUAGAAGGUGAAAUGAAAGUGCCAGAUGUGGACAUCAAAGGGCCCAAAGUGGACGUGGAUGUUCCAGAUGUGGAUGUUCAUGGCCCAGACUGGCACCUGAAGAUGCCCAAGAUGAAAAUGCCCAAGUUCAGUGUGCCUGGCUUCAAAGCAGAGGGUCCCGAAGUGGAUGUGAACCUGCCUAAAGCUGAUGUUGACAUCUCAGCACCCAAAGUUGACAUUGAAGCCCCAGAUGUGAGCCUUGAAGGUCCAGAAGGGAAGUUGAAGGGCCCCAAGUUUAAGAUGCCGGAGAUGCACUUCAAGGCCCCCAAGAUCUCCAUGCCUGAUAUGAACUUAAACUUGAAAGGCCCUAAAGUCAAAGGGGAUGUGGAUGUGUCUGUGCCCAAGAUAGAAGGUGAAAUGAAAGUGCCAGAUGUGGACAUCAAAGGGCCCAAAGUGGAUGUGGAUGUCCCAGAUGUGGAUGUUCAUGGCCCAGACUGGCACCUGAAGAUGCCCAAGAUGAAAAUGCCCAAGUUCAGCAUGCCUGGCUUCAAAUCAGAGGGCCCCGAAGUGGAUGUGAACCUGCCCAAAGCCAACAUUGAUGUGUCAGGACCCAAGUUGGACAUUGAAGCUCCAGAUGUUAACAUUGAGGGUCCAGAAGGAAAACUGAAAGGCCCCAAGUUCAAGAUGCCUGAGAUGCAUUUUCAUGCCCCCAAGAUCUCCAUGCCUGAUGUUGAUUUCAACUUAAAGGGGCCUAAAAUGAAAGGAGACUUUGAUGUUUCUGCCCCAAAGCUAGAGGGAGAGUUAAAGGGUCCAGGCUUAGAUGUCAAGGGCCCCAAAUUGGAUGUUGACAUGCCAGAUGUAGCUGUGGAAGGCCCUGAUGGCAAAUGGAAAGGUCCUAAAUUUAAGAUGCCAGAUAUGCAUUUUAAAACUCCUAAAAUCUCCAUGCCGGACAUUGAUCUACACUUAAAAAGCCCCAAGAUAAAGGGAGAAGUGGAUGCAGAUGUUCCCAAAUUGGAAGGUGACCUCAGAGGUGGUAUCGGUGGGCCAGAUAUUGACAUUGAAGGACCAGAAGGCAAACUGAAAGGCCCGAAGUUUAAGAUGCCUGACAUGCAUUUCAAGGCCCCAGAUAUUUCUAUGCCUGAUGUGGACCUAAAUCUGAAAGGACCAAAAAUCAAGGGGGAUGUAGAUGUGUCUGUGCCUGAGGUAGAAGGUAAAAUUAAAGUACCAGAUGUUGACAUCAAGGGCCCCAAAGUAGACAUAAAUGCUCCUGAUGUUCAUGGCCCAGACUGGCACCUGAAGAUGCCCAAGAUGAAAAUGCCCAAAUUCAGCAUGCCUGGUUUCAAAGCAGAGGGCCCAGAAGUGGAUGUGAACCUGCCUAAGGCUGACAUCGAUGUUUCAGGACCCAAGGUGGACAUUGAAGGCCCCGAUGUUAACAUUGAAGGGCCUGAAGGAAAGUUGAAAGGUCCUAAGUUCAAGAUGCCAGAGAUGAACAUCAAAGCCCCCAAGAUCUCCAUGCCUGACUUUGAUUUGCACCUGAAAGGUCCUAAAGUGAAAGGAGAUGUGGAUGUUUCUCUGCCUAAGGUGGAAGGUGACCUAAAGGGCCCUGAUGUUGACAUCAAAGGUCCCAAAGUGGACAUCGAUGCUCCAGAUGUGGACGUUCAUGGCCCAGACUGGCACCUGAAGAUGCCCAAGAUAAAAAUGCCCAAGAUCAGUAUGCCUGGCUUCAAAGGAGAAGGCCCAGAAGUGGAUGUGAACCUACCUAAGGCCGACAUUGAUGUCUCAGGACCCAAAGUGGAUAUUGAAUGUCCUGAUGUGAAUAUUGAAGGACCUGAAGGAAAGUGGAAAAGUCCAAAGUUUAAAAUGCCUGAAAUGCAUUUUAAGACUCCAAAGAUAUCCAUGCCAGAUAUUGAUCUUAAUUUAACAGGUCCCAAGAUAAAAGGAGAUGUGGAUGUCACAGGUCCCAAAGUAGAGGGAGAUCUUAAAGGACCUGAAGUUGACCUCAAAGGCCCCAAAGUGGACAUCGAUGUCCCAGAUGUGGAUGUUCAUGGCCCAGACUGGCACCUGAAGAUGCCCAAGAUGAAAAUGCCAAAGUUCAGCAUGCCCGGCUUCAAAGGAGAGGGCCCCGAAGUGGAUGUGAACCUGCCCAAGGCUGACAUUGAUGUGUCAGGACCCAAAGUGGACAUUGAAGCCCCAGAUGUGAGCAUUGAAGGACCAGAGGGAAAGUUGAAAGGUCCUAAGUUCAAGAUGCCAGAGAUGAACAUCAAAGCCCCAAAGAUCUCCAUGCCUGACUUUGAUUUACACUUGAAAGGUCCUAAAGUAAAGGGUGAUGUGGAUGUUUCUCUGCCCAAAGUUGAAGGUGACUUCAAGGGCCCUGAAGUUGACAUCAAAGGACCCAAAAUGGACAUCAGUGUCCCAGAUGUAGACGUUCAUGGCCCAGACUGGCACCUGAAGAUGCCCAAGAUGAAAAUGCCAAAGUUCAGCAUGCCUGGCUUCAAAGGAGAGGGCCCAGAAGUGGAUGUCAAUCUGCCCAAGGCUGACAUUGAUGUCUCAGGACCCAAGGUGGACAUUGAAGGCCCUGAUAUUAACAUUGAAGGGCCCGAGGGAAAGUUGAAAGGUCCUAAGUUCAAGAUGCCAGAGAUGAACAUCAAAGCCCCCAAGAUCUCCAUGCCUGACAUUGAUCUUAAUCUGAAGGGCCCCAAACUGAAGGGUGAUGUGGAUGUGUCUUUACCAAAAGUGGAAGGUGAGCUUCAAGUUCCUGAAGUUGAUAUUAAAGGCCCCAAAGUGGACAUUGAUGUCCCAGAUGUGGACGUUCAUAGCCCAGACUGGCACCUGAAGAUGCCCAAGGUGAAAAUGCCCAAGUUCAGCAUGCCUGGCUUUAAAGGAGAAGGCCCAGAAGUGGAUGUAAACCUGCCCAAGGCCGACAUUGACGUCUCAGGACCCAAGGUGGACAUUGAUGUUCCAGAUGUGAAUAUUGAAGGUCCUGAUGCGAAACUGAAGGGCCCUAAGUUCAAGAUGCCAGAGGUGAAUAUCAAAGCUCCUAAGAUAUCAAUGCCAGAUUUGGACCUUAAUCUUAAAGGCCCUAAAAUGAAGGGAGAGGGGGAUGUUUCACUUCCAAAUGUAGAAGGUGAUUUGAAAGGGCCUACUCUUGACAUUAAGGGCCCGAAGAUGGAUGUAGAUGCACCAGAUAUUGACAUUCAUGGCCCAGAAGGCAAAUUAAAAGGUCCAAAACUGAAGAUGCCUGACAUGCAUGUAAACAUGCCCAAGAUCUCCAUGCCAGAAAUUGACCUGAAUUUGAAAGGCUCAAAGCUUAAGGGAGAUGUUGAUGUUUCUGGGCCCAAAUUAGAAGGUGACAUUAAAGCUCCCAAGUUGGAUGUAAAGGGCCCAGAAUUGGACGUUUCUGGUCCUAAGCUCAAUAUUGAAGGCAAGUCAAAGAAAUCUCGUUUUAAGCUUCCCAAGUUUAAUUUUUCAGGCUCUAAAGUUCAGACACCUGAGGUAGAUGUCAAAGUCAAAAAGCCAGAUAUUGAUAUAACAGGUCCAAAAAUUGAUAUUAAUGCUCCUGAUGCUGAGGUCCAAGGAAAAGUGAAAGGACCCAAAUUCAAAAUGCCUUUCCUGAGUAUUUCAUCUCCUAAAGUGUCUAUGCCUGAUGUGGAGUUAAAUCUGAAAGGUCCUAAAGUCAAAGGAGACUUAGAUGUUGCAGGUCCUAAUUUAGAAGGUGACUUUAAAGGACCCAAAGUGGAUAUCAAGGCACCAGAAGUGCAUCUCGAUGCACCUGAUGUGGAUGUUCAUGGUCCAGACUGGAAUUUGAAAAUGCCCAAGAUGAAAAUGCCCAAGUUCAGUGUGCCUGGCUUAAAAGCAGAAGGGCCAGAUAUGGCUGUGGAUCUACCGAAAGGAGAUAUCAAUGUAGAGGGUCCCAGAAUGGACAUUGAGGGUCCAGAAUUCAACGUGGAAGGAGGCCUAAAAGGUCCCAAACUUAAGAUGCCUGACAUGAAUAUCAAAGCUCCCAAGAUCUCCAUGCCUGACAUUGAUUUAAACCUCAAGGGCCCCAAGGUAAAAGGUGAUGUGGAUGUUUCUCUGCCCAAAGUUGAAGGGGAUCUGAAAGCACCAGCGGUUGAUAUCAAAGGCCCCAAAGUGGACAUUGAUGUCCCUGAUGUGGACGUUCAUGGCCCAGACUGGCACCUGAAGAUGCCCAAGGUAAAAAUGCCCAAGAUCAGCAUGCCUGGCUUCAAAGGAGAAGGCCCAGAAGUGGAUGUGAACCUGCCCAAGGCUGACAUUGACAUUUCUGGCCCCAAGGUGGACAUUGAUACCCCAGAUGUGAAUAUUGAAGGUCCAGAUGCCAAACUGAAGGGCCCCAAGUUUAAGAUGCCAGAGAUGAAUAUCAAAGCUCCCAAAAUCUCCAUGCCUGACCUUGACUUUAACCUGAAGGGCCCCAAACUGAAGGGUGAUGUGGAUGUGUCUUUGCCAAAAGUGGAAGGUGACCUCAAGGGCCCUGAAGUUGACAUCAAAGGCCCGAAAGUGGACAUUGAAACUCCUGAUAUUAACAUUGAAGGCCCAGAGGGGAAAUUGAAGGGGCCCAAAUUCAAGAUGCCAGAGAUGCACCUAAAGGCUCCCAAGAUCUCCAUGCCUGACAUUGAUUUAAACCUGAAGGGGCCUAAGGUGAAGGGUGAUAUAGAUGUUUCCCUUCCCAAGAUGGAAGGAGAUCUGAAAGGCCCUGAAAUUGACAUCAAAGGUCCCAAAGUGGACAUCGAUGCUCCAGAUGUGGACGUUCAUGGUCCAGACUGGCACCUGAAGAUGCCCAAGAUGAAAAUGCCCAAGAUCAGUAUGCCUGGCUUCAAAGGAGAAAGCCCAGAAGUGGAUGUGAACCUGCCUAAGGCUGACAUCGAUGUUUCAGGACCCAAGGUGGACAUUGAAGGCCCCGAUGUUAACAUUGAAGGGCCUGAAGGGAAGUUGAAAGGCCCUAAGUUCAAGAUGCCAGAGAUGAACAUCAAAGCCCCCAAGAUCUCCAUGCCUGACUUUGAUUUGCACCUGAAAGGUCCUAAAGUGAAAGGAGAUGUGGAUGUUUCUCUGCCUAAGGUGGAAGGUGACCUAAAGGGCCCUGAUGUUGACAUCAAAGGUCCCAAAGUGGACAUCGAUGCUCCAGAUGUGGACGUUCAUGGCCCAGACUGGCACCUGAAGAUGCCCAAGAUAAAAAUGCCCAAGAUCAGUAUGCCUGGCUUCAAAGGAGAAGGCCCAGAAGUGGAUGUGAAACUGCCCAAGGCCGACAUUGAUGUUUCAGGACCCAAGGUGGACAUUGAUGUUCCAGAUGUGAAUAUUGAGGGUCCAGAUGCAAAACUGAAGGGCCCCAAGUUCAAGAUGCCAGAGAUGAACAUCAAAGCCCCCAAGAUCUCCAUGCCUGACUUUGAUUUACACCUGAAAGGUCCUAAAGUGAAAGGAGAUGUGGAUGUUUCUCUGCCUAAGGUGGAAGGUGACUUAAAGGGCCCUGAAGUGGACAUCAAGGGCCCCAAAGUGGAUGUGGAUGUCCCAGAUGUGGAUGUUCAUGGCCCAGACUGGCACCUGAAGAUGCCCAAGAUAAAAAUGCCCAAGAUCAGCAUGCCUGGCUUCAAAGGAGAAGGCCCAGAAGUGGAUGUGAAACUGCCCAAGGCCGACAUUGAUGUCUCAGGACCCAAGGUGGACAUAGACACUCCUGACAUUGACAUUCAUGGUCCAGAAGGGAAGCUGAAGGGCCCUAAGUUUAAAAUGCCUGACUUGCAUCUCAAGGCACCUAAGAUGUCCAUGCCUGAAGUUGACCUGAAUCUGAAGGGUCCCAAGGUAAAAGGUGAUGUCGACAUUUCUCUGCCCAAAGUUGAAGGUGACCUCAAGGGCCCUGAAGUAGACAUCAAGGGCCCCAAAGUGGAUGUGGAUGUCCCAGAUGUGGACGUUCAUGGCCCAGACUGGCACCUGAAGAUGCCCAAAGUGAAAAUGCCCAAGUUCAGCAUGCCUGGCUUCAAAGCAGAGGGCCCAGAAGUGGAUGUGAACCUGCCCAAGGCCGACAUUGACGUCUCAGGACCCAAGGUGGACAUUGAUGUUCCAGAUGUGAAUAUUGAAGGUCCAGAUGCAAAACUGAAGGGCCCCAAGUUCAAGAUGCCAGAGAUGAACAUCAAAGCUCCUAAGCUCUCCAUGCCUGACAUUGACUUAAACCUGAAAGGACCCAAAGUAAAGGGAGAUGUGGAUAUUUCUCUGCCUAAGGUGGAAGGUGACCUCAAGGGCCCUGAAGUGGACAUCAAGGGCCCCAAAGUGGACGUCGAUGUCCCAGAUGUGGAUGUUCAUGGCCCAGACUGGCACCUGAAGAUGCCCAAGAUAAAAAUGCCUAAGAUCAGCAUGCCUGGCUUUAAGGGAGAAGGCCCAGAAUUGGAUGUGAGCCUGCCCAAGGCCGACAUCGAUGUCUCAGGACCCAAGGUGGACAUUGAUGUUCCAGAUGUGAAUAUUGAAGGCCCAGAUGCAAAACUGAAGGGCCCCAAGUUCAAGAUGCCUGAGAUGAACAUCAAAGCCCCCAAAAUCUCUAUGCCUGACCUUGACUUUAACCUGAAGGGCCCCAAAAUGAAGGGUGAUGUUGAUAUCUCACUGCCCAAAGUUGAGGGUGAUCUCAAGGGCCCUGGAGUGGACAUCAAGGGCCCCAAAUUGGACAUUGACACUCCUGAUACCAAUAUUGAAGGUCCAGAAGGAAAACUGAAGGGGCCUAAAUUUAAGAUGCCAGAGAUGAACAUUAAAGCACCUAAGGUCUCCAUGCCCGACUUUGACUUAAAUCUGAAAGGGCCUAAGGUAAAGGGGGAUGUGGACCUUUCGCUGCCUAAGGUAGAAGGUGAUCUGAAAGGGCCAGAGCUGGACAUUGAAGGUCCUGAAGGGAAACUCAAAGGACCCAAAUUUAAGAUGCCUGAUGUCCAUUUCAAAACCCCACAAAUCUCCAUGAGUGACAUAGAUUUGAACUUGAAAGGACCUAAGAUAAAAGGAGAUUUGGACACUUCCAUUCCUAAACUGGAAGGAGAUCUGAAGGGCCCCAAAAUGGAUAUUAAAGGCCCUAAGCUGGACAUAGACACUCCUGAUGUUGACAUUCAUGGUCCAGAAGGGAAGCUGAAGGGCCCUAAGUUUAAAAUGCCUGACCUGCAUCUCAAGGCACCCAAGAUCUCCAUGCCUGAAAUUGACCUGAAUCUGAAGGGUCCCAAAGUAAAGGGCGAUGUGGACGUUUCUUUGCCCAAAGUUGAAGGUGACCUCAAGGGCCCUGAAGUGGAUGUGGAUGUCCCAGAUGUGGACGUUCAUGGCCCAGACUGGCACCUGAAGAUGCCCAAAGUGAAAAUGCCCAAGUUCAGCAUGCCUGGCUUCAAAGCAGAGGGCCCAGAAGUGGAUGUGAACUUGCCCAAGGCCGACAUUGACGUCUCAGGACCCAAGGUGGACAUUGAUGUUCCAGAUGUGAAUAUUGAAGGUCCAGAUGCAAAACUGAAGGGCCCCAAGUUCAAGAUGCCAGAGAUGAACAUCAAAGCUCCUAAGCUCUCCAUGCCUGACAUUGACUUAAACCUGAAAGGACCCAAAGUAAAGGGAGAUGUGGAUAUUUCUCUGCCUAAGGUGGAAGGUGACCUCAAGGGCCCUGAAGUGGACAUCAAGGGCCCCAAAGUGGACGUCGAUGUCCCAGAUGUGGAUGUUCAUGGCCCAGACUGGCACCUGAAGAUGCCCAAGAUAAAAAUGCCUAAGAUCAGCAUGCCUGGCUUUAAGGGAGAAGGCCCAGAAUUGGAUGUGAGCCUGCCCAAGGCCGACAUCGAUGUCUCAGGACCCAAGGUGGACAUUGAUGUUCCAGAUGUGAAUAUUGAAGGUCCAGAUGCAAAACUGAAGGGCCCCAAGUUUAAGAUGCCAGAGAUCAAUAUCAAAGCUCCCAAAAUCUCCAUGCCCGAUGUUGACCUGGAUUUGAAAGGAUCCACAGGCAAAGGAGAUUUUGAUGUGUCUGUCCCUAAGAUUGAAGGGACUUUCAAAGGCCCAGAAGUAGACCUGAAAGGCCCAAGUCUGGACUGUGAAGGCCCUGAUGCCAAACUCAGUGGCCCCCACUUGAAGAUGCCAUCACUGGAUAUAUCUGCCCCUAAACUAACUGCUCCUGAUAUUGAUUUGCAUCUCAAGACACCCAAAAUUGGAGUUUCUGGCCCUAAGUUAGAAGGCGGUGAACUGGACCUCAGGGGACCCAAAGUUGAUUUAGAAGCUCCAAGCUUAGAUGUACACAUGGAGAGUCCAGAUAUUAACAUCGAGGGGCCAGAUGUGAAAAUUCCCAAGUUUAAGAAACCCAAGUUUGGAUUUGGGGCAAAAAGCCCCAAAGCGGACUUUAAGUCACCUUCGCUUGACAUGACAGUUCCUGAAGCAGAGCUGAAUGUUGAGACUCCUGAAAUUGGCGUUGGUGGCAAGGGCAAGAAAAGUAAGUUUAAAAUGCCUAAAAUUCACAUGAGUGGUCCUAAAGUUAAGGCCAAAAAACAGGGAUUUGAUUUGAAUGCUCCUGGAGGUGACAUUGAUGCCACUGUCAAGUCUGAUGUAGAUGUCAAUGUUGGGGGGCCGGAUGCCACAUUUAAAGUCGAUGUGAAAUCUCCCAAGACCAAGAAACCUAUGUUUGGGAAAAUGUACUUUCCAGAUGUAGAAUUCGACAUUAAAUCACCUAAAUUUAAAGCUGAGGCUGCUCUCCCUAGCCCCAAAAUGGGGGGCGAAAUCCAGGCACCUGAUCUGGAUAUUUCUUCCCCCGGGAUUAAUGUGGAAGGUCCUGACAUCAAGCUGAAGGCUCCCAAGUUCAAGGUGCCAGGUAUGGAUGUCUCAGGGCCAAAAAUAGAAGGCGACUUGAAAGGCCCCAGGGUGCAGGCAAACCUGGAUGCACCUGACAUCAACCUUGAAGGCCCAGAUGCUAAAGUCAAGGCACCGUCAUUCAGCAUUUCUGCCCCUCAAGUCUCUGUCCCCGAUGUGAACGUCAGCUUGAAAGGACCAAAGAUAAAGGGUGAUGUCCCCAGUGUGGGACUGGAAGGACCAGACAUAGAUCUGCAAGGUCCAGAAUCGAAAAUUAAGUUCCCCAAGUUUUCGAUGCCCAAGAUCGGCAUUCCUGGUGUGAAAAUGGAGGGUGGGGGAGCUGAGAUCCAGCUGCCCUCUCUUGAAGGAGGCUUGAGCUCACCGGAUGUUAAUCUCGAAGGGCCUGAUGUGUCUCUGAAGGGGCCAAAAGUAGACUUGCCUUCAGUGAAUGUCUCUGUGCCGAAAGUCUCUGGACCGGACCUUGACCUGAACAUGAAAGGACCAAGUUUGAAGGGAGACCUGGAUGUAUCUGCUCCCGGCCUGGAUGUGUGUGCCCCCAGGCUUGACCUCAGAGGAGUCGGUGGAAAGGUGAAGGUGGAAGGAGAUGGUGUGAAAGUGCCCGGUAUUGAUGCCACAGCGACGCUUAAUGUUGGUGCGCCAGAUGUGACCCUGAAGGGACCAGGCCUGCAGGGGGACCUGGCUGUCUCUGGUGACAUCAAGUGCCCUAAAGUAUCAGUAGGUGCUCCCGAUCUAAGCUUGGAGGCACCUGAAGGUGGUAUUAAACUUCCCAAGAUGAAGCUGCCCCAGUUUGGCAUCUCUGCUCCAGGGUCUGACUUGGACAUUAAUGUCAAAGGGUCACAAGUUGCUGGAGAACUAAAGGGGCCUGGCAUGGAUGUGAACCUUGGAGGCCUGAACCUGAAAGGGCCUCAGAUCUCUGGCCCUCAAAUCUCAGCACCAGAUGUAGACUUGAACUUGGAAGGACCAAAAGUGACAGGGAGCCUUGGGGCCGCUGGUCAGAUGAAAGGCCCCACUGUUGGAGGAGGUCUCCUGGGCUUCAGUGUUCAAGGCCUAGAAGGAAACCUCCAGAUGCCGGGAAUGAAGUCAUCUGGAUGUGACGUGGAGCUCCCAGGUGCGAACGUGAAACUCCCAAGUGGGCAAAUUGCUGGUCCUGAAAUCAAAGGUGAUCUGAAAGGUUCCGGAAUAGGUUUCCAUGGGGCCGCUCCCGACAUUGGCGUGAAAGGGCCUUCACUUCAUGUGGCAACUCCCGAGUCAGAUUUUGGUGUCAGCUUGAAGGGCCUGAAAAUCAAAGGAGGUGUGGAUGUUUCAGGGGGUGUCAGCGCCCCAGAUGUCAGCCUGGGCGAAGGGCAGGUGAGCGUCAAAGGCUCCGGGGGUGAGUGGAAAGGACCCCAGGUCUCCUCUGCUCUCAACUUGGAUGUACCUAAGUUGGCUGGAGGACUUCAUUUCUCAGGACCAAAGGUAGAAGGAGAUGUAAAAGGAGGCCAGAUUGGACUUCAGGGUCCUGGGCUGAGUGUGUCUGGGCCUCAAGGUCACUUGGAAAGUGGAUCUGGAAAAGUAACAUUCCCCAAGAUGAAGAUCCCCAAGUUCACCUUCUCUGGCCGUGAGCUGGUUGGCAGAGAAGUGGGGGUGGAUAUUAACUUCCCGAAAGCAGAGGCCAGUGUCCAGUCUGGUGCCGGAGAGGGUGAGUGGGAAGAGUCCGACGGAAAACUUAAAAAAUCCAAGAUCAAAAUGCCUAAGUUCAAUUUUUCUAAACCUAAAGGGAAAGGUGGUGUCACUGGCUCACCAGAAGCAUCAAUUUCAGGGUCCAAAGGCGACCUUAAGAGCUCCAAGGCCAGCCUCGGCUCUCUGGAAGGAGAGGCAGAAGUUGAAACAUCUUCGCCCAAAGGCAAAUUCUCCUUAUUCAAAAGCAAGAAGCCACGGCACCGCUCCAGUUCCUUCAGCGACGAGCGGGAGCUCUCUGCACCUGCCACCCCGACAGGGACUUUGGAGUUUGAAGGUGGAGAAGUGUCUCUGGAAGGCGGGAAGGUCAAAGGGAAACACGGGAAGCUGAAAUUUGGUACCUUUGGUGGAUUAGGGUCAAAGAGCAAAGGUCAUUAUGAGGUGACUGGGAGCGAUGAGGAGGCAGGCAAGUUGCAGGGGAGUGGCGUGUCCUUGGCCUCCAAGAAGUCCCGACUGUCAUCUUCCUCUAGUAAUGACAGUGGGACUAAGGUUGGCAUCCAGCUCCCUGAGGUGGAAUUGGCAGUUUCCACAAAGAAAGAGUAGCAGGCCUUUGUGUGUGUACAUAUCUGUAUAAAAAGACGUCAGCCUUAGGUGUGUUUGUAUAUAAACGCCGAAGAGAAACACGCCGACAGCCUCAGCAGUAACGCAAAGAUCCGGGCUCUGCCAGUGGCAAGCGCUGAAAAGCCAACCAACCGCCUUUAGACUCCUCCUGGAGCUUUACAGAUAGGGAAAGAGUUCAAGUUCUUCGUCCAGCCCAUGUGCAAGGUCAACAGUUUUUGCCUUAAGAUUUCAGGUUUUUUUUUGUUUUUGUUUUUUUUUUUUUUGCAUUGAAUGCUGAGAGCUCCUGUUUACUAAGCAAGCUUUUGUGUUUAUUAUCCUCAUUUUUACCGAACAUUGUUAGCGUUUGGGUCAUGGAAACCCACUUUUUCAUUGUAAUAACUUUUGGGGCUUUUGUUAGUAAGGGUGGGGUGGGGUAGAAGGCAGUCCAGGGGGGCCAGACCUCCAUUUCUCCUACAUUUGGAGCUACUCAAGCAGCAAACACCCAAAGAUGGCUGAGAGGGGCCGCUGGGCAAGGGCGUGUGGGUGUCUCUAGGACUCUUUGGCCUUGCUUUUCUCCCCCAGGGGUGGCGGUCCCAGCUGAUUGGUUGGGUAGUCCUCAUGGUGAGAGGGAAUUAGGAUCUGUUUGCAAAUUAGUCAACCCACCAGCUCAACCCCGGGAGGGUCUUCGAAUCUGUGUGUUGUAAGAGAAAUGUUUUCUUCAUGAUCGCCGCGUUCCUGAUAUUAGUUCUGAUUUCUUUUAACAAAUGUUAUCAUGAUUAAGAAAAUUUCCAGCACUUUAAUGGCAAAUUAAUUGAGAAUGUAAGAAAAUGGAUGCUGUCAAGGGCAAAUAAAGCUGUUUAUUAACCCUGA